AUGAAACUUCUUGUGGCCUUUAUCGGCUUUUUGACGUUGGCCGACGCCAUUUACUUCUCGUGCUCGAAAUGGGUAGGUUGGAAAAAAGUUCAUCAUUUAAAGUUUUUGGAUAGAGAAAAAAUUCCAAAUUAAAUAAAAUUUUAGUUCGGCAAAUUAGGUUGACUUUGAGCGGAAUUACACAAGAAUGAACAACAUUUGACAGAUUUUUUAAAUUUGUUAAAUGUGUCACUUAUUUAUCAACUAUAGAAACAAUCGAACUUCUAUGCGCUCUCUCGUCUUUUUUUUUUAGCUGUUCGCACGUUUCUGUGUCCUUGCUCGUGAGGGAAAAGAGAGCGCAGAUAGGUCAGACUCCUAGAAAUUUGAUAUUUCAGGACUGCCCCGCAAACUCGAUGCAAAAUUUACAUUGGUGGGGAGGAAUGAUAGUUGGCGAUGCAUUCAGAAUCCGUGCGUACGCGCAAGAUGAUAUCACGAGAAAAUAGUAUGAAUAUUUCCCAUUUUCAGUUUAGUAGAUCGCCAAAACUAACAAUUUCGGCGUUUUUUAAUAGUGUCUCCAUAAGUGUGAAAUGAGAAGACUCAAUUUAUAAUUUCAGCAUCACCAUCAAUUUUUAUGAAGGACAGUCGCCGGGGCUAUACACUACAAAUUACGUUCCUAGGAAUAUUCCCCUGAGUGUCUUGAUCAAUUUGGAAACACAAAUAACGUCUCUCAACUCUUUUACGGUGAGCGUUUUAGAGACCUUUUUGGUUUUUUCUCACUUUAUGCCGAGUUCGAAGUGAUUCUGCGAAAUUCGGAAUACCUGUUAGAGAAAGAGAAAUAUAACUGAAUAUUGGAGAGCUAGAGACCAUUUCGCAUUUCGCGGAAAUUACUUUGAACACGGCAUUACUCCCCCCUACACGACGUUUUCACGCAGUGUGCUGGAAAAAGUCGGUCGGUUUGGAAAACUAGGCCGCGCACUAAGUUUGCUCCAUGGAAAAUCGAAUUUCAGCUCGGACCUUGGUAACGCGAACGGGACGCGAGUCGGGCGUGUGGGGGAAAUUCUAGUGGCUACUUUAGUAGCCUCAACGCUCUUAAGUGGUCCCUAGAAUUGCCCAGAAACGUCCGGAGUACGUCCGUUUCGGGUUACCAAUGUCCGAGAGUUAGGCGCAGACUUGGUCUGCGCCAUUUGGGUUUAGGCUGGGUUGGAAAAAAAAGGGCGUUAUGAUAACUUUUUCUCUAAAUCAAAUAUGUUUUGAAAAACGAUUUUUAGGAUGUUUUGAAAAAAAAAACGGAAUAGCAUCAUUCGAGCCGUUUUCGAGAUACGGUAGCUCAAGGGAUUACGGUAAAAACUUUCGAAAAUAUAUCUUGUCAAAAAAUCAACGAAUCUCGAUCAAAGUUUGUCACAAGGUGCAAAAUAAUUUUAUUCAAAUUUUAAAAAUACUACAUCUCAUACGUGCUCAUUAUUGCUCAUAUUAGUGAACUUUUUUCGGAAAAAUCAAAACCAGUAUAUGACGUAGCGAACGCGGUGUUUCGGUGUUCCUCAAACAUGGGCAUAGUCUAUGUUUCCCGACUUGAAAGGCGAGGGAGGCGGGCCAAGGGGCGGGACGCCUAGCGUGUGCGUACGCGGUUCUUGGCACGUGUUCAGUUCAACCGCCAGCGAGCAUUCAGAAAGCUCAUUUAUCGUUCUUUUAACUCCUUUUUUAAUUAUUUAUUGAUUAUGUUCAAGUGUGCAUCAAAAAUAGUAGAAAAAACAGAAAAAGAGCGGUUGCCGAGCUUUUUAAUUUGUCGGCGGCGAUUGAAUUGAACUGGCGCCAAGAACCGCGCACGCACACGCUACGCGUCCCGCCCCUCGCCACGCCUCCCUCGCCUUUCAAGUCGGGAAACAUUGACUAUAAUUGAACCUUUAUUAUAAGGUCUACUAUCUUUUGAACCGUGACCUUUGCGAAACGAAGGAAUAUUUAAAUAAAAAACCAAAUGUGAUGUUUUGAACCGUAACAUUUUUUGUCGGUCAAGUUCUUUAAAGUUGCGAGAUCUUCGGAAAAUGUCGUGUUGGGUACGAUAAACUUAACCCAUGUCAAUCUACCCACCUCGCCUUUCAAGUGUCGCGAAUUGACUUUUGAUAUUUUUAAAGUUCACAUCAUCCUAUCGCAACGAAAAAAAUUAAGCUUGAACCAAAAAAAAAAAUCAAUAAAGAUAUAACUUAAAUCAAGAUAAAAAGGUGAAUCGAGAGGUUAAUACAAAUUUUAAUAGCUACCGGGUAUAGUCAAUGUUUCCCGACUUGAAAGGCGAAGGAGGCGGGGCAGGAGACGGGACGAGUUCAAUUCAACCGCCUGCGACUAUUUGGAGAGCUUUUUUAUCGCUCUUUUCAAUUCUUUUUUUUAUCAUUUAUUGAUUUUUUCAUGUGCGUAAAAAAAAAGUGAAAAAUAUAAAGAAAGAGCGGUGACCGAGCUUUUGAAUAGUCGGUGCUCAUGAAUUGAACUCGUGCCAAGAGCGCACACACUACACGUCCCGUCCCCUGCACCGCCUUCCUCACGUUUCAAGUCGAAAAACAUUGACUGUAGCAACUUUUACACUCCUGAAGAAUCCGAGCAACAGAACAUUCGAAUGAUCGCGCGUCAUCGAUUAUUAUAAAAUCAUGUUUCUCAGUAAAGCAGCCUCCCGAAGCAAUUCCCCAUGUUUAAAAUGUUUACAAUUUCUUCCACUACACAGGUUUCCGGUGGAUGGAGCAACGAAGAAGGCAAAAAAUCAUCGAUCAAGAAGGGAAGAGACUUCGAAAUUUAUAUUUUGUUUCGAAAACGUUUGUUCUGUAAUGAAAAAUGUAUGUUUUAGAGCUGGCGAACGUGGUUACGUGAUUUCCAUCAACGGAAAGUUCUUCGCCACUUACAAAUAUCCUAAAGGUUCCAAAACCUAUGGGACGUUUAUCGGAGUUCGAGGACCACUCCAGUUCCCCGGCGCCACGAAGUAAUUUUAGAAAAUUAACUGUUCGCCGGGAAAGUCCAAAAGAACCAAAAAAUAGCUUUCCGAAAAAAAAAACGCCUGAACAAAUUUCCUUGCGCCUUUUCGUAAAUUUUAAUGGGGAUGGUUAUUUCAAGAAAAAAGCCAGAAUGUAUAUCAAGCCAGAGAAGGAGGAUUAUAAAGUCUCGGGAGCUCCACCAAAAUUUCAAGAUUUUUUUUUGCGUCUCAAACUUCUUCUCAGCUUAUAGCUGCUUCGAUUUGAAACUCAGAACACUUUGAUUUUCCGAAAAAAUUGAGGAUGAAAAAAGUUAAGACGAAAAACAUGCAGUUCUGGCCAUUUUUUUCUACUGAAAACUUGGUGCAAUUCUCCCUUCUAGACAUUUUUCUCGGCUUCUCUUCGGGGAUUUUUCCAAAAAACGAAAAAGGCAUCGAAAUCGCGGCCCCAAAAAGAGAAUUCGCAGUCUUCGCGCUGGGCUAACACGGGAAGUGCAAAAGGUCGAGGUAUUGGAAUUUGAUGAGACUUGGUAUAUUGGUACUUUCGAACACCCUGAAACCAAAGAAAUUGAAAAAAAGUGCGCCUUUUCGGUUCUAGUCGAGUUGUAACGCCUCAAAGUUUGCACGCAAAAAACGCAUUGGAUGGAAAGAGGGAAUGUCUUGCGGCGGCGUGGUGUAGUGGCUAGCGGCCUUGCGCUGUGGAACCUAUGAUGAAGGUUCGAAUCCUUUUUGGCGCAUUUUUUUUUGCCAAUUUUUUUUCUUGUUAAAAUGAUGAAGUUUUACAAAUGGAUUGCAAAAAAAACGCUCAAAAUGUUUGAAUUCACCGUUUUAUGUCAUUAUGAGCAAGAUUUUCGACAAAAGAUUUUUCGUUGCCUCGUUCCUUGUGUCAGUAGACUCUUUCUUGAAAACAGUUUAAUGAAUAGAAGUUCAAAAUUGCAUGCAAUACCUUUUUUUCCUUAUUCUCCAGAAAAAUCUUGUGAUGAAAAAUUUCUUACUGGCUAUUGAGCCUGAAAAAACUACAAGACGAAAAUUUUUUUUAUCGAAAAUCUUGCUCAAAACGACAUAAAACGGUGAAAACAACAUUUUGAGAUUUUUUUUUCAAACCAUCUGUAAAACAAAAAAAUUGGGCCAAAAUGGAAUCGAACCUGCAUCAUAGGUUCCACAGCGCUAGGCCGCUAGCCACUAUACCACGCCGCCUCCUGGCAGCUAGAGUUAGCCGACGCAAGCCUCUCAGGCCAGCACUGGCAGCUUCAAUCCGCCAUAGCCUUUAGUCGUUCAUAUAGCACAGAUUGUCUAUUUCAUUUUAGGAUAUUUUUCAGUAAUGUAACUAGAGUUCUCAAAAAGUAAAUGUUGGAACGAACGUUCAAUCAAACAUUUUCCGAACAUUUGAUGAAUUCGACCAAUUAGUUAUACCACACCUUUCUGAGAAAACCGAUAAACCCUUGAUACAAAAAUUUAUAUUUUUCUGAUUUGCUCUAAACUUCACCAUGGAUAGGGUCCGCAAGCCAUUUCUUCAAAACGAUCCAAAAAAUAUGUUUUUUACACUGUUCGAUAGAGGAGACUGUCCAUUUUCAUAAUCCGUUUAGUUUUUGAAAAAAGCUCCAUUAAGAAAAAAGUUAUGGCCAAAAAACGAGCGCGCGCGGCGUUCAACUGGAGGCAAAAUCUCACGGUUUACCCGCUGCCGCACGCUUUCUUUUUUUAAAUGUUUUUUUGCGCAUUUCUGAACCGUUUUUCAAAUCGGUUUUUCUGUUCUGAGAGGUUGUCCGAACUGAGCUUCAUGUUUUGGUAUGAAUCUUUUGUACAAUCCUCAUAAGAAUUUUUGAUAAAAUAUCAAAAAACUACUUAGAAAAAAGGUCAGAAGAAAUUUUCAGCUUAUUUUUCUUUUUUCUAAUCAGAAAAAUUAUUAUCAUUUAGUUUGGAAAAAAGAAAAAAUGAAAAAUAAUGUUAUUUCGAAAUAAAACAGGAAAAUGUGCAAUUUGACUCCAAAAAACGGCUCCUGCAACAUUUAAAAGUGCGCAUCGGUGUGUUUGACGCAAACACAGCUACGAACGCUUGCACGAAUUCUUUCCAAAAUUUCAAAAAAUUGCCAUUUUUUUCGAGGUUUUCAAAGCCGUUAUUUUUUUCGCGUCGUUUGAUUUUUUUCAUAAUUUUUUUCAUUGAUAGAGUUUUUGAACGCUUAAUAACAUAAUCAUAAAUAUAGACGCGAUCCUAUUCUCUCAUGCGUCAACGAGGCAGACGAAAAAAAGGAGGUUUUGGUAAAAUUCAAAUAUAAUUUGAUUCGCUGUCCCAAUAAUUAUUUUUCAUUUUUGAAUUUUUUUGUUUGUGAGCACAUUGUGAGUUUUUUUAAAUCAAAUAAAAAAAGUAUACCAUGUCGCUGAAAAUUUUUUUCGCAUUUCAGCUUCAAAGUUUGGUGUCACUUUACAAGCUUCGAUUUUUUUCGCGUCGUUAGAUUUUUUUAAAAUUUUUUUAUUCAAAAAAAUAAAGAAAGUGUUAAUGUAUAACAUACUCAAAAUUUCGGAAGCGUUCCUCACUUGGUUUUUCAGAAACGCCACGAUUUUUGUGAAACUCGUCAGUUUUUUUCGUGUUAAAUCUUACUUUUUUUCGUUGAUUUUUUGAAAAAAAAUACAUAGUUUUAAAAAGUUUUUUUCAGUCUUGUAGAGCGUUGUCGAUUACAUAGAUUAACAGAAACAAUUUAUUUUUAAAGUUGAACUUUAGCUAGUAUAAACGCCUCAAAACCGUUUUUGCAACAAAAAAAUCGUCAUUUUGGUGGCGUGAAGAGGCGGGGCUUUGCGCCCCCUAACCAUGGACGACUUGUAAAAUUAUAAAACUUUUUGAUACAACUUUUGUGAAACUCCGCCCCUUUUUUUGGAGUACAGUGGGAAAGUUACCGUAGAAAGCUAUUUUUUCCUAGUAUAGAUUUUUCGAUUUUUGGACUUUUCGAAGCUCCAUAUUUCUGAGAAAUUUUUUGAAAAGAUGUGUAAGAUUGGUGUGGGAUUGCGUCUGCUACUUGGCGCGUUUUAACCUCAAAAUUUCCAAAAUUUUUUAUCGAAUCAUCAGCUUUUUCACGUUUUUAAACGUUGAAGUUAGUUUUGUUUUUCUGGUUUAUGUAGUUGUUGAAAACUAAGUAGCCUUUAAAAACGAAAGUUUUUUUCAAGAUUUUUUUGGAAGGUUUAUUUCAAUUUUGAAUUUAUUUCAUGUGAAAAUUAUGAAAUGUGUAAGUAAUUAUGUUAAGAACAAUCUAUUUUAUGUUUAACAGCAAAAAAGCCGAUUGAAAAACGGCUCAGAAAUGCGCACAAUGAAUUUAAAAGAAAGCGUGCGGCAGCGGCACACCUGUUCAGAACUACAGGGACCUGUCCGGUUUGCACUGCGCCUUCUCCGCUAGCCAUACUAGACCAUUUUUCACUCUUAUUUCUAUUUAUUAAAAUGAACAAGGCUAUUUUUGACAUUCAUAGAUAGAAAACUGCAGAAAAAAAAACGACUUUUUACGUACUAAAAACGGAUAACCGCUAUUGGUGUAUGCACAAUUUAAAUCUACAGUGUACCAAACAGGACGGACUGAAAAAAUGUGGCGAGUAAACCGUGAGAUUGAGCCUCCUGUUCUAGAAUUAUUCAACUGAUAACGGAAUUGGAAUCAUAUUAUCUAUAAAUUAGUUCAUUUUGCUGCAUUUUUCCGGAAAUUGCCGGUAAAUUGCCGAAAAAAAAUUCAAGAAAUUGCCGAUUUCCGGUCUUGCCGAAAAUAUCGAUUGCCGCACAGCGCUGGUACGCACAUCCCUAGAUAUAUUUGUGGACAAAUUGUGAGAGUUGCAUGGAUGCGAACUUUUUUAAAGCGGAAAACCGCUUUCCGCAAACGGAAAGAAAAAACCGCGGAAAACGUAGUCGGAAUACGGAACUUGGAGCAAGCAACGAAAUGUUUGAUAAUUUUUCUCCUAAUAUUUCAUUCAAAAGAGUCCUCUUGGCCAGUUUUAAAACAUUUUUUUUGUCAAAAUUCCAGGUCUUGUAACUUUGGUAACGUUGGAGAUCUCGGUAAACCGCAUGAAAAACAAUUGAUGACGCUUGAAGACGGACUUAUUUAUUACUUCAGUGAGUUGAACCCCUUGGAAUCGCUUGAUGCGCUCAGAAACAUUUUCUGCCAAUAGUAACUGAAAAACAGUAGAAUUUUUUUCACGGACAACUAUAGCUGAUUGACGGCUAGCUUGAGCAGUUUUGAAAAGGGCCCUGACACGAUAAGAAAAAAGAUGGCACCUGGUCGGUGGAGAGCGCAGACAAGCCCCGCCCUUUGCGUCUCAAGUUAGCCGCGAAUCGGCUAUAUCUUCAGCUCAUUAUUUAAUUAAAUUUUCUUGGUUUUGGAAACGGAUUAAAUUUGAUUUUCAAAUGUUUAGUUUUGUUUAUUUUGAUAAAUCCUAUUGAAAUGUUACACAAAGCCUCAUUCAAGGAAUAAAGAAGUAGGCUUCAUCUUUAAUAAUUUUUGAAAAGCUGACAAAAGUUUAAUAUGAAAAAUUAGUGGCAUGAAAAAAAAAAUGGGAGAAUGAACUCCGUGUGGAGUGAAACUAAAUUCUACAAAGAUUUCUAACUUUAUGUUUGUCAGCUUCUUCUAAACAUCAUUUUUUCAGAGCUUCCUACUACUGCUUAUGCUUCAGCAACACUGGAAAAAAAGCAUGGCCACGAAUAG